AUGAGACAAAGCCAAGAGAGGAGAGCACUUAGACAAUUCAUUUUUAGUACAGGGAAGUCUGCUGGUAGGAAUUCCUCAGGGCGUAUUACGGUUUUUCACCGAGGGGGUGAAUCGAAGCGAUUGCAGCGAAGAAUUGAUCUGAAACGAAGCACUUCGUCAAUGGGCAUUGUAGAAAGGAUAGAAUAUGACCCUAAUCGUUCUUCUCGGAUCGCUCCAGUACGAUGGAUCGAGGGGGUCUGGGUCUGCCAGAGGAAAUUGAAUACGAUAGAGGAGUUCGCUCCGCCGCGUAAGCUCAUUGAACCUACCACGACCACCAUCCGCGGCCAAUUUUCGUUCUCUUCCCUGCCCGGGAAGGUGGAUCAAAGAAAGGUAGCUUGCUUCUCUCCUGGACUGAUGGCGGCUUAUGUAGUGGUCGGCCCUCCUACCAUAAUGUCCCCUUGGUCGAAGAGCGCCUUGUAUAGUAAAGGUGCAGGAAGCAAAAAAACUUGCGCGAAGGACGUCUUCUUCUCUGCCCUCUCCUCUCCAAAGGCCAAGGGGGAGACUGUAUCCCUUUCCUUCGGUAGCUCUUUUGGUUUCCCAAGGGUAGCGGUAGCUGGGGCAAAGCCCGCUUUCUUCGCUCCGCGAAUGAGAGAGAAACUCAGAGGAAAAAACACGUUCUCUCUUUGCGAGGUCCGAAAGUGGAGAACGCAUAGCAUUCUCUGGGCACAUAGGAUCAAACGUAAAGCAGCGCUUUCUUGGCAGAGCUUUAGGCGGCAAGAUACUUUAGGGCUUGUUGGAGCUGCUGAGCAUAACGAAUCGAAGCCGAAGACGGAUCAAGGUAGCUUGCCUGCCAAGCCGAUAGGCGAAAGGCCGAAGGAUAGAGCGUGCAAAGUCGAUCGUGCACCUGUCACUUAUAUAAUAGCCAGUCAUCAAUUAGAAACAGGCAAAAUGGUGAUGAAUUGCGAUUGGUCCAAACCUUCGACCAGCGACUUAUUGCGACCCGCCCAGAAUGCUCAUCCAUACUAA